AACGACAGUACAAUCAGUGUGAGACAAAAAAAAUUAACUAUGAUGAAGUAAUUGUCACCCCACUACAUACAUAUCCCUACUACCUUAUCUUGGAGAUCGCAACUGCAUUUAGCGUUCCAAAGUCGAGGGACAAUCAUAACACGUUCUUGUUGGUGGGUAAGGUAGUCGCAGUAAGUGCGACAAGUGAGCACUUUUAGGUUUAGUUUGCAGAAUGGCACCAGCUCCGAGUAAAUUUUUAACCCAAAGAAAUGUGACUGGUGCCCUGGCAAUCAGCGCGUUGAUUUGGUUACUCAAACGCAAAGGAACAAAAAGGAUAACUAAACAAAGAACUUUGUGGCCGAGUAACGACGUCCACUAUGUCAUCAAAGAGGAGAAGCCAAAAGGUCCACCCAAAGCUCAUGUCAAUGCAGCUUUUUUCAGACAACUUUAUAAAUUGUUAUCCAUUGGUGUUCCUGGUGUUGUUUCACCUGAAGCAGGAUUCGCUUUGUUGGUUGCAGCUUCACUUGUUGCUAGAUCACUUUGCGACUUAUGGAUGAUUAGAGUCAGUACUCUUAUUGAAGGAUCUAUUGUAAAUAUGGACGGACCAUUAUUUAAAAAACGAUUGAUUACAUUCUUAGCAGCACUACCACUGAUUUCAGUAGUCAACAACCUUCUGAAAUAUGGUAUUGGAGAAAUGAAGCUGCGAUUACGAACAAAUAUUACUAGACAUUUAUUGGACCAAUAUCUCAAAGGAUUUACGUACUACAAAAUGACGAAUUUAGAUACCCGUAUUGCCAAUCCUGAUCAAUUACUUACUACUGAUAUCGAUAAAUUCUGUGACAGCUGUACGGAUCUUUAUAGUAAUAUUGCCAAACCGAUUCUUGACAUUUCUAUUUACGUUUAUAGAUUAACGUCUUCUUUGGGUGGUCAGACUCCACUUAUUAUGUUUGGAUACCUGGUGUUAGCUGGAAGUUUUCUUACACAUCUAAGGAAGCCAAUAGCUUCAAUGACAGUUAAAGAACAACGUCUUGAAGGUGAAUAUCGGCACAUUAAUUCGCGACUCAUUACAAAUUCCGAAGAGAUUGCGUUUUAUCGUGGAAAUAAUCGAGAGAAGUUAACACUUCUAGCGAGUUUCCAUAAACUGAUUAAACAUCUUCGAUCACUUUUGGAAUUCAAAGUGGGUUUGGGAGUAAUCGAUAACUUUGUUGGAAAAUAUACUGCAACAGUUGUUGGCUUUUAUGCCGUAAGCAUACCGUUCUUCCAAAAAAAUCAUCCAGUUCUCUCAGGAACACCGGAUCAUCGGUUCAAGAAUUAUUAUGAAAAUGGUAGGAUGAUGAUUAAAAUGGCAGAGGCUAUCGGUAGAUUAAUUCUUGCUGGACGAGAAAUGACUAGACUAGCAGGUUUUACUGCUCGCGUGACGGAGAUCCAUAAAGUUCUUGAAGAGUUGAACCAAGGAAAGUAUCAAAGAACAAUGAUAUCUGACUCUAAAGGUCCACCAAUUGGCGAGCCAGGUGCUGGAAAGAUUGUUGCCAAGGAUAACAUUAUCCGUUUUGAUCAUGUUCCGCUGGUUACACCCAAUGGCGAUAUACUCAUCAGAGAUUUAUGCUUCUCAGUAGAGUCAGGAAUGAAUGUAUUAGUUUGUGGGCCGAAUGGUUGUGGCAAGAGUUCACUAUUCCGUGUACUGGGUGAGUUGUGGCCUGUCUGGGGAGGUGUUUUAACAAAGCCACCAAGUGGAAAACUGUUUUAUAUUCCGCAACGACCUUACAUGACCCUUGGAACUCUGAGAGACCAAGUAAUUUAUCCUCAUACUCAGGCUGAAAUGCAGAGACGUGGUCAUGCUAAUGAUGAUGAUCUGCAAAAAUUCUUAGAUUUAGUACAACUUAGUCACUUAUUAGAACGAGAAGGUGGAUGGGAUACUGUAGCUGAUUGGAUGGAUGUACUUUCUGGUGGAGAGAAACAACGUAUUGCGAUGGCAAGAUUAUUUUAUCAUAAACCACAGUUUGCAAUUUUGGAUGAAUGUACAAGUGCAGUAAGUGUAGAUGUUGAAGAUUCAAUGUACUCUUACUGUCGUGAAGCCAAUAUUACCUUAUUUACUGUAUCUCAUAGACGAUCGUUAUGGAAACAUCACGAGUAUUAUCUACUAAUGGAUGGUCGAGGCUCUUAUCAAUUUAAACCAAUUGAAUCUGAUACUGAAGAGUUCGGUUCAUGAAUCAUGGUGUCCCUUGCAUCAAAACAUAAAUAAAAUCGAAGACACCUAAGAGUGCAAGGGACCUGAUAGCAAGUUAAAUUGAAAAUAAACUUUAAGUAAUUAAGUUGAAGCUCUAAAAUUCUGUUCCAAAAGAAUAUUAGAGCUGUAGAUACACUGAAACAAUUUUUAGAUAAUCAAAAAAAUGCCAAUUAUAAAUAUUAGAAUUUUAAUGAACUUAACUUUUGCACUUUUUUGAGAUAAAUUAUUCGAUGGUUAUGCACGAAAAGAUUAGACAGAAUAAGAAAAACCUAAAGUUGAUGAGCUCAUUGAUAAAAGUGUCAAAUAUAGUGGAUUUCAUAUAUUUUUGUUAGUAAUAUUUCUACUUAACGGUUUUAAAGUUGUUUAUAAAUUUCUUAAUAUUCAUUUAAAAUAGUUUCCUCUAUCACAAUCACACGGAUUAGGGUAAUACAUAGUAAUAAUUAUUAUUAAACAAUUUUAUUAUGGCAAUUCUUUGUGCAAUGUUAAUCAAAUUUAUAACAUUUACUAUCAGAGGUCAAUGAUUAUAACUGGUUAUCGCCAAAAUCAGAGAAUGCCAAAAAAAAAAAGUUAUCAUCGUAGUACUCUGCGAUGCAAAUUGCUGGACAAUAUACAUAAUAAAUAAUUUUA